AUACCUACAAUGUCAAAGUAUGUGUGUAACUACUAACUAAUUUGGUAUCAUCAUAUUGUUUAAUAUGGACUCUGGUAAUAUAUAUGAACGGCCUUCAAAUCCUAGAGCCAAUGCAAAUAUCUUUAAAAUCCUCUCAUUUGGAUGGCUUUACAAACUCUUCAAAACUGGAGAAAAAAGAGAUUUAGAAGUUAAUGAUUUGUAUACAACUCUAAAUGAUCACAAGUCAUCAUCAUUAGGCAUGGAAUUAGAGGAAACAUGGAAAGAUGAGCUUGAAAGUGCUAAAAAGGCGAAUCGAUCACCAAGUUUAAUAAAGGCGUUGAUCAAAAUGUUUGGAGUCAAGUUUAUGUUAUAUGGAUUACUGCAAUUGAUAGUAGAAAUUUUUUUAAGAAUGUCUCUACCAUUACUUAUCGGUGGACUGUUAUCAUACUUCAAUCCUAAUUUGUCAAACAAAACGCAUAGUUUAAGCCGUGCGUACACAUAUGCAAUAUUGUUGGUAUUAAAUAUGUUAGUAACAUUAGUUAUGUAUCAUGCAAUACAAAUUGAAAUUUUGCAUUGUGGGAUGAAGAUACGGGUUGCUUGCUGUUCACUAAUAUUUAAAAAGGCAUUGAAAUUAAGUAAAACGUCUCUUGGUGAAACUACUGUUGGUCAAGUAGUAAAUUUGUUAUCAAAUGAUGUAAAUCGGUUCGACACAGUAGUAAUAUUUCUCAACUACUUAUGGAUAGGUCCUAUACAAACAAUUUUAAUCACAUAUUUUUUGUGGCAAGAAAUUGGAGUGUCAUCAAUGAUUGGAGUUGCGAUAUUACUUAUUGCCAUACCAAUACAAGGUUGGAUAGGAAAAAAAAUAUCAGAAUAUCGGUUAAAUACAGCCAUUCAAACUGACGAGAGAGUACGUUUAAUGAAUGAAAUAAUUUCAGGAAUUCAAGUUAUUAAAAUGUACACUUGGGAAAAGCCUUUCGCAAAUUUUGUAGAAUAUGCAAGAAGAAAAGAAAUAAAUGAGAUUAGAGGAUCAUUGUAUUGCAGAGCUGUAAUGUUAACUUUUGGGGCUUUCCAUACUAGGGUGGCAAUGGUUUUCAGUAUAUUUUCAUAUGUGAUCCUUGGAAACUAUAUUUCUGCUGAACAAGUUUUUGUCAUAACAUCGUAUUAUAAUCUAUUGCGAAACACAAUGACAGUUUUUUUUCCUCAAGGAAUUUCAAUGGUGGCAGAAAUGCUGAUAUCGAUUAAACGAGUCCAGAGCUUUUUAAUGUACAACGAAAAAAAUAAUCAAGCGGCUUAUCCCUCAAAAUCUGAUAAGAAAGCUGCUAAUAGUAACAAAGAAGUAAUAAUUACUAAUACGAAUUUGUCAUCGGUUAAUAUAAAAUGUGAUGAUGGUGAAUCACCACAAUUAAAUAACAUUGGAAUUGUCUUAAACAAUGCUACAGCUAAGUGGACAGAUGCUCAAACCGAUAACUCUUUAGAAAAUAUUAAUCUUACGGUAAGACCUGGUCGAUUAGUUGGAGUGAUCGGUCCCGUGGGGUCUGGAAAAAGUUCAUUAUUACAAGCGAUUUUAGGAGAAUUACCACUAUCUGAAGGACAAAUUGUAGUGAACGGUGUAGUUUCUUAUGCAUCUCAGGAACCAUGGUUAUUUGCUGGUUCUGUACAACAAAAUAUUCUAUUUGGUUCAGCAAUGGAUGAUGAGCGUUAUAAAGAAGUUAUACAAAUUUGUGCCUUAAAAACUGACUUGGAACAGUUUCCAUAUGGUGAUAAAACAACUGUGGGAGAAAGAGGAGUUUCCCUCAGUGGUGGACAAAAGGCGAGAAUAAAUUUAGCAAGAGCUGUAUACAAACAAGCGGAUAUUUAUUUAUUGGAUGAUCCUCUAUCAGCUGUAGAUGCUCAUGUUGGCAGUCAUUUAUUUAGAAAAUGUAUUAAAGACUUUCUCAACGAAAAAACACGUAUACUUAUUACUCAUCAAUUACAAUAUUUAACGAGUUUAGACCAAAUAGUAUUGAUGGAAAAUGGGAAAAAAAUAGCCGAAGGUUCAUACAAAAACCUUCAAGAAUCCGGCUUAAAUUUUACAAAAAUUUUAGGGUCUCCAAUAGAACCUGUAGUAACGCCUGAUAAUGAAUCUAUUACAAAAAGACCAAAUUUUCGAAGCCAAAAUUCCAUUUAUACUCGACAAUUGUCUGUGUUGAGUGUUACGUCAAUUGUCGAAGAAAAUAAUUAUAAUGAUGUUCAGGUUGAAGUUGUAGAAGUUGUUGAACCUAUUGAAACGGCUGAAACUCGCUCUUUUGGAAAUUCUGGAUUCAGUAAUUAUUCAUCAUAUUUUUCUGCUGGUGGACACAAAUGCAAAAUUGUCUUAUUUCUAUUGUUAUGUAUCUUAACUCAGAUACUGUCUUCAAGUGGUGAUUUUUGGAUAACUUACUGGGUUAAUUUAGAAGAACACAUUUUUCAUUCGAUCAGCCAUUUAGAACCCCAGAAAUAUAAUAUAUCUAAUACAUCAACAUCAUAUUAUUCGUCCAAUACAUUAAUUUCAUGGAUAGUAGAUCGUCAAACAUGUAUUGUCGUAUUUGCUGUAAUUACAAUAUCUAUCAUAAUAUCUACACUAAUUAGAUCAGCUUUCUUUGUAUCAGUAUGCACAACAUCUUCUACAAAUCUACAUAAUCGUAUGUUAGGGUCAAUUAUAAGAGCAACAAUGCACUUUUUUAAUAAAAAUCCAUCGGGAAGAAUACUUAAUCGUUUUUCAAAAGAUAUAGGAUCCAUUGAUGAAAUGUUACCUUUCGUAUUGAUGGAUGUUAUACAAAUUGGAUUGAUUGUGAUUGGAAUAUUAAUUAUAGUUGGAAUAACCAAUCCCUUCCUUAUUAUACCGACAUUAAUCAUAGUGGUCAUAUUUUUCAAAAUCAGAAAAAUUUAUAAGACAAUAUCACAGAGUAUUAAACGUUUAGAAGGAGUCACACGAAGUCCUGUAAUUACUCAUUUAAAUGCAUCACUUCAAGGAAUAACAACUAUAAGAGCAUUUGAAGCGGAACAAGUUCUUUCCGCAGAGUUUUCCAUCCAUCAAGAUUUACAUUCCUCGGCUUGGUAUUUAUUUAUUUGUUCAAGUAGAGCAUUUGGAUUUUGGUUGGAUUUAACCUGCCUUAUAUAUAUAAGUAUCGUGACGUUUUGUUUUUUAGUUAUUGACAAAGACACAUACAGUGGAAAUGUUGGUCUUGCUAUAACUCAGUCAAUAGGAUUAAUUGGUUUGUUUCAAUGGGGAAUGAGACGAUCAGUAGAGCUGGAAAACCAAAUGACGUCUGUUGAGAGAGUACUCGAGUACACAGUUUUACCCCAAGAACCAGCACUUGAAUCGCCUCAAAAUAAAAAGCCACCAAAGAACUGGCCAGACAAAGGUCGAAUAACAUUCAAUAAUUUUUAUCUACGAUAUGACGUUGAUACUCCUUAUGUUUUGAGUAAUCUCAAUAUUCAUAUUGAGCCCACAGAAAAAAUUGGAAUUGUUGGUAGAACUGGAGCAGGGAAAUCAUCUUUAAUUGGGGCAUUGUUUAGAUUAGCUCUCAGUGAGGGUAGUAUAACUAUCGAUAACCAUGAAAUACAUGAGUUGGGACUACAUGAAUUACGAUCCAAGCUUACUUUUAUACCUCAAGAACCAGUUUUAUUUUCUGGAACCAUACGUAAUAAUUUGGAUUUAUAUAACAAAUAUUCUGAUAACGAAAUUUGGAGUGUAUUAAGUGAGGUGGAACUUAAAGAUGUUGUGAAGGAUUUACCAAAUGGACUAAACUCAAAAAUGUUCGACGGUGGAUCUAACUUUAGUGUCGGGCAAAGACAAUUAGUGUGUUUGGCUAGAGCAAUUUUGCAAAACAAUAGAAUUUUGGUACUGGAUGAAGUCACUGCAAAUGUUGAUCAUCGGACAGAUGCAUUAAUUCAAAAMACAAUAAAAGAUAAAUUUCGAAUGUGCACAGUUUUAACAAUUGCUCAUCGUUUGAAUACUGUAAUGGAUUCUGAUAAGAUCCUUGUAAUGGACGGGGGAACUGUAGUGGAAUUCGAUCAUCCAUUUCGAUUAUUGAAAAACACSAGCGGAUAUUUCUAUAAAAUGGUAAAACAAACUGAUCAAAACACUGCGCGCUUAUUACAUACUACAGCUGCAGAGAAUUACAAGAGUAUUGAUAUACGAAGAAAAAAACCUAUUCAGUGAAGUUUGGUGAAAAACUGGUGACAUAACUAGGGCACUGAUUUAUAUGUAAACACAUAUUAUUUUCACUAUGACUUGAUGAAUUAUUUUAGGCAAGUGAUAAAUUCGGUUCACGUGGUUUUCAAUUGAAUAAUAUAUAAUAUUUGAUUUUACAUUAAUAGUCUUACAUAAUUUGUGAUAAAUACAUG